AUGUUAACAGCUCUCAGAAAUAACAAUAGACUUAACUGCUGUGCUCAUGUAAUUAAUACUGUAUUAAGAAAUCUGUUUGAUUCAAAAUUUUUGAAUCAUGAAGAAGACGGUAAUAAACUUUUGAAUCCAGUAGUGAUAUUACUAAACGAAUGUAAACAUUUGGUAAAAUUUAUGAAAAGCUCGGGUAAAAAUAGUGAACUUAGUCAAGGACUUGUACAAGAAGUUGAAACGAGGUGGAAUACAAGGCUUUUAAUGUUUCAAUCAGUGAAAAGAGCACUUCCAGAAAUAAUUCAAUUAUAUGGAGAACAUUUCAAUCGUAUACAAAAUAUUAAUACAGAAUUACUGGAAAAAAUUACAAUUUUUUUGGAACCAUUUAAAAAAGCAUCUGAUGAACUAGAGGGUGAUAAGUAUCCGACUAUUCAAAAGGUUGUUUUAUACCAACUGUUAUUGAAAAAACAUUUAAAAACAUAUGCUGAACUUCAAGAGGACAUAUUUGAUGCAAAUGAAGAACUUACACCCAACUCAAUAAUGCAAAAAUUAGGAAAACGAGGUUUAGAGUUCAUGAAAUCUAAAUUUAAGUUGGCCGAAGAACACGAGAUUGCCAUUUUUUUAUCGCCAAAAUUUAAAUGUCUAAAAAUGUUUUCAGAACCAGAUAAAUCACGUAUAUUUCAAAAUAUAGGAUUAAAGUUGUUAGAAAUUGAAUUAAAAGAAAAUAUAACUCCAGAAAACCUACACCAGGAAUAUAAUGUUACCAUACAAAAAAACACUUCGAAUAGCUCACUAUUUUCAGAAUGGGAAGAUGGUGAAAAUAAUGAAGAUUUAGACAAUAGGCGUAAAUAUGAAAAAGAAUUGGAAGCUUACAAAAAAGAAAAGUUUGAUGUUAUUGACGACAAUUUGUUAGAUUUUUGGAAGCGUCAAAAUCACAUUUUUCCAUAUUUAAGUGUAUUAGCACGACAAAUUUUGGCUAUUCCAGCUAGUAGUGCUAGCAGUGAACGCUCUUUUAGCGUUGCUGGAAGACUAAUCGAAGAGCGUAGAAGUUGUCUGAGUGGUACAAGUGUAGAUUCGAUUUUGUUCUUAAAUAACCAUUUUAAAAAUAAAAAAUGA